UGUAGAUAUACGUAUACGACGUCGCUUGGUCGGCCAUUGCUUGUAAGUUGCAGCUCGUCCUCUCACGAGUUGUGCUUUGAAGUAUUAUUAUAUUGUUCGCAAUUAUGGGUGUUCUCGUUGUUAAAAAAUCGACCACAUGCAGAAAAAGUAGGAUCAGUAGAAUGGUGGUAGGGUCGUAUUCUUAGGUAUAGAACACUUUUUUCUAUACAUUCCGGUACUGAAGCCAUCAAAGGCACAUUUGUACACAAAUCAAUUUGUACACCACCGUGUCUCGUUCACGAGAAAAGCUUUCUGAAAAAAUACAAUAAGAAUCACUUCAGCUAGAUCUCUACAGUUACAGUGACUAAGAAACAGUUCGACUAGUUUACCGUCUAAGCCACGUAUUACUUUCAUAGUAAUUUCUUUACAUCGACUUGUUUUCUUUUCUUAAACAAAAACCAAAUUCGACAAAAUUUUGCGGAUAAUAUACACCACCAUGGGCUCAUCAAGCCAACCAGACCGUUCUCUUGGAGGAGGGUUAUCCUUGCCGCAGUGGAUGAAGAACAAAAUGGAUGUAAGAUUUGACUUCGACGAAUCUGCCUUCAGUCCACCUAGUUACGACGACAGCUUCUUUUACGUACGGUAUCCUAAAAAGGAAGAGAAAAAGCCUGCAGAGGAGGGAUUCACAGCUAUUAGCCAGGUUCUUAACGAAAAUAAAUCCAUCACGGCGGCCACACAGGUGACAUCAUCUCAACCUCAACCUCCUGACUUCAAGGAGGUCAAGGAAAUUGAUUUUAGCAAACACCCGUUGCCUUGCCAACCCUUUAUACCAAAUGCUGCACAGAAAGAACCAAAACCACCGAAGUCAACUUAUGUUGGGAAAGUGAAAUCUCAGGGUAUCGACGAUGGUUUUCAUGGUCAGUCAGCACUCUGCGGUAAAUCGAUUGUCCACGUAGCUAAUCAAAUGAUGUCAGGAAAAGUGACCAAGGGUUUUUCCAUCGAAACGAAUCAGAUUCAAGAAUCUGCACAAUGUUCAUCGAGAAAAGAAAGCAAAUCCUUGCCUGCUACUCCGCUGACGUCGCCCGCAUCGACACCCGAUAAUUCUCCCAAGCAACGACGAAAGUUGAUGCAAUCAAAUCGCUUUUUCACUGGAGCGUACCUGCCUGACAAGGAGAAAUAUCAGGGAGGCUGGAUUCUGGCUAGCAUCUUGGGUCAACAGCGAGAAACUGUAGUCACUAAAAUCGAGGAAGAAGAUGAAUCAGAAGACGUCGCUUCACCAACCCUGAGAAAUCUUAAUCGUAAGAAGUCAAUCUCGUCGCAGAACCUGACGUAUAUACCGAAAACCGACACUGCCGCGCCAUCGAGUAACAAAAACGUUUACACAAAUGUAUUUCAAGCAAAACCUUCAGAGUUGAGAGAAAUGAAUUUUUGGUCCCCAACGUCAAUGUAAAUCUAUUUUCUUCUCACUUAUUUAUCUGCACAUUUCUAAAUCAUAUCCACAUUGAUAGACAUGUAUAUGUAUCAAGAGCUGUUCAGUGAUAAUUAGUGUUCCUUGGAUCAGACUUUCGUAAAGAAGUUUUUCAUGUAUUUUAUCUCCAUUUUUGUCGAUUUUUCAUUGCUCCCGAGUGUAACAGCUUUGCAAUAAAGACAAAACUCAUCACUUCUGUAUUUCUGGCUGUACAGAAAAAAUUAUAUGAACUGUUAAUUUCCAUAAUUCAUCAUUGUCGCGCGUUUUUUUUUUUUUUCGUACAGCGAUCAUCAUGAUUAAUGGAUUUAACGAUAUGAUCGGAACCAAAUUUUCGACAUUUUCAAUUAAUUUGUUAGGCGCAGCACUCUCCAGUGUUUGCAUUUUCCGUUCUUGUUCCAUCUAUUUCGUAUCAUUAUUAUUUGUAGCUUUUUUGGCUCUAAUCUAAUACACUGAAAUUUGGAUAUAUUAUAAUAAUAUCUCUGAAAUAUUUCUGAUUGUAUUUUGUCACACGUUUAAUGAAUAUACUUAUAUCAGUAUAUAAUGGUACAUAAGCUUAAAAUUUUUCGUCAACACUCGUACGACCUCGAGGUCAAGGUCACGCUGACAUUUCAGAUUUUUUUUUUUUUUUAUUUUCAUUGAGAAAACGAUUUUUUUCUAACAGUUUGACAAUAAUAGAAAGUAUUUAUUUUUUUUUUUAUUCCGAUAAAAUUUUAGCUCCUGUUGACGGGUUUGAGCUACAAUUUGUGUGCCAUGUGUAUAGUAUAAAACUUAGAUGAAGAAGCAUAAGAAGAGUUAACAGUUAAUUUUUAAACCACAUUAAAGUACAAAUUCUAUAUUCAUUGAAAUUCAAGUUUCGACCAAAUUGAAAGCAGAAUUGCAAUCGUAGUAAAACGCAUUUUUAAAGAUGCACUCAGACAAAAAUAAUCGAUAAUGAAAACAAGUAAGAAAAAAAAUAGAAUAAAGACAAAUGAGUAAUUAAAAAAUUUUCUCUAAAAAAAAAAAACAAACGGCGUAUAUUUUUUGCUCUUUAUAUUAAACGGCAA